AUGGCCGGCCUUCCCCCCAACCCCCCCUUGCCAGGCCUCCACGGCGCCUCCGUCGUCAUCACCGGCCGCCGCAAAGACGUCCUCGACGGCGCCGUCGCCGCGCUGCGCGGCGAGGGCAUCGCCGCCGCAGGCCUGCAAGGGGACGUCCGGCAGGCGGCCGCGUGCGCCGACUGGGUCGCCAACACGCUGGCCAUGUAUGGGGGGCUUGACAUCUUAGUCAACUGCGCGGCGGGCAACUUCCUGGCAAAUGCGGCGGAGCUGUCGCAGGGCGGGUUUAAGACAGUCAUGGAGAUCGACGCCGUGGGGACCUUCACCAUGAGUCGCGCCGCCUUUGACGCGCUGAGGGCCGCGGGGUCCUCCGUCAUCAUCAACAUCAGCGCCACCCUGCAUUACGGCGCCACCUGGUACCAGGUCCACGCGUCGGCCGCCAAGGCGGCGGUGGACAGCAUCACCCGCAGCCUGGCCCUGGAGUGGGGGGAGUACGGCGUGCGGGUCGUGGGCGUCGCGCCCGGCCCCAUCCAGGGCACUGCGGCCCGUCGGGCCGGCCUGACCCUGGGGCUGGCUCGCGGCUGCCGGUCGUGUUGA